GGCAUGAUCACCCACUGCCGGUGUGGACACAUCACAUGCUGUGGUUCUCAGUGAUCACAUAACGUGAGCCUGUGUGGACACGUCACACUGCUGUUAUUUCCCGCACCCAUCUUUUUUGUCAGGCACCAAAGACUUCCUUCCCUCUCUACACCUGGCUGCUACAUGACUAAGGAAUUACUAGAGCACUUUUGGUGGGGGGUCUUCUAGAGCGCUAGGAUUAAAGGCAUGCAAGGCGGAAGAUACCAGGAUCUCCAAGGAAAUUGCAGAUAAAGCUCCACAGGUGUCCAUGGUGACCUCACGCAGCUUUCUGGCAGUUCUGAUUGGGGAAUCGUACCAACCUGCCUGUUUAUAAGAAGGACCUGACACAGGACACCACCCAGAGAGGGAAUCAGGGUGCGACGGACAGACAAAGCAUUUGAAUUUGGAGCGUAAAGAACCUCCACCACAUCUGUGAAGGAAACUCAUGUCUAAGAGCACCCCGACCUUUGACACUCUAAGGACAGGUGGAUGUGAUCUUUACCACAGAUGACCCUUUCGGUUGCCGCUGGUGAGAAGCAUGUUCAGCAUUAACCCCUUGGAGAACCUGAAGCUGUACAUCAGCAGCCGGCCACCGUUGGUGGUUUUUAUGAUCAGUGUCAGCGCCAUGGCCAUCGCCUUCCUCACCCUGGGCUACUUCUUCAAGAUCAAGGAGAUUAAGUCCCCAGAAAUGGCUGAGGAUUGGAAUACUUUCCUGCUCCGGUUUAAUGAUUUGGACUUGUGUGUAUCAGAAAAUGAGACACUGAAGCAUCUCUCCAACGAUACCACCACACCUGAGAGCACCAUGACCAUCGGGCAAACCAGAUCGUCCACCCAGCCGCCCCAGUCCCUGGAGGAGUCAGGCCCCAUCAAUAUUUCAGUGGCCAUUACCUUGACCUUGGACCCUCUCAAGCCCUUUGGAGGGUACUCUCGAAAUGUCACACACCUGUACUCCACCAUCCUUGGCCAUCAGAUUGGAUUGUCAGGCAGGGAAGCCCAUGAGGAGAUCAACAUCACCUUCACCCUGCCUGCUGCCUGGAAUGCCGAUGACUGUGCUCUCCAUGGCCACUGUGAGCAGGUGGUGUUCACAGCAUGCAUGACCCUCACAGCUGCCCCUGGAGUCUUCCCUGUCACCGUUCAGCCACCUCACUGUGUCCCCGACACAUACAGCAACGCCACACUCUGGUACAAGAUCUUCACAACUGCCAGAGAUGCCAACACGAAAUACGCUCAAGACUACAACCCUUUCUGGUGUUACAAGGGCGCCAUUGGGAAAGUCUACCACGCUUUAAAUCCCAAGCUCACCGUCAUUGUCCCAGAUGACGACCGCUCCUUAAUAAACCUGCAUCUCAUGCACACCAGUUACUUCCUUUUCGUGAUGGUGAUAACGAUGUUCUGCUAUGCAGUUAUCAAAGGCAGACCCAGCAAACUGCGGCAGAGCAAUCCUGAAUUUUGCCCUGAGAAGGUGGCUUUGGCUGAUGCCUAAUCCCACAGCUCCCCAUUUUCUGAGAGACCAAGAACCAUGAUCAUUGCCUGCUGAAUCGGCCAGGGCCUGGCCACUCUGUGAAUACACGAUCUUGCAAUGUUGGGUUAUUCCAGCCAAAGACAUUUCAAGUGCCUGUAACUGAUCUGUACAUAUUUAUAAACGUUGAUCUGGAAA